CUACAUUAGCGUCGCCCCCAACCCUAGACUUAAUCUUUCUCAUCCAGCAUGGCAUCCACAGAACCCCAAGGCGAGGACGUCCUCGCGCUUCUCCCCUCUGAAUUCAAAUCGGCAGUCGAGCACAUUCGAUCCCACUUGCCUGCCGAGCUGGCUCGCCCCAAGUGGGGGAUCAUCUGCGGCUCUGGCCUCUCCACCCUCUCCUCCUCCCUCACCUCCCGAAUCGAGAUCCCCUACUCCUCCAUCCCCGGCUUCUCCCGCUCCUCAGUCCAAGGACACGGCAACGCCCUCGCAUUCGGUUUCGUCACCGGAGGCUCCCGUCAAGUCCCGGUAGUGGCCGCUCUUGGCCGUUUCCACCUGUACGAAGGCCAUACGCCGCAACAAUGCGUCUUCCCCGUACGCACAAUGAAGGCUUUGGGCAUCAAGGCACUCGUAGUCACAAAUGCAGCAGGAUCGCUCAGCCCGACGUUGCCCAUCGGAACCAUCAUGGCGUUGCAUGACCAUCUUUCCCUCCCUACCCUCUCCUCCCCGCUGAACCCGCUCGUAGGACCUAACUUCCCCCUCGGACCAAGGUUCCCCCCGACGUCCAACGCGUACGAUACGGAGCUUCGCACUGCCUUCUUCCGUUCGGUUGCAAGUCUGGGGGAGAAGAGUCUCGAGAGGACGGCAGAGGGAACGUACGCCUUCGUUAUUGGGCCAACGUACGAGUCGAGGGCAGAGUGUCGCAUGCUCAAGACAUUGGGAGCUGAUGUGGUUGGGAUGAGCACCGUACCCGAGGUGAUCGCAGCGAGACAGUGUGGCGUGCGUGUCUUGGCCCUCUCCCUUGUCACCAACGUCGUGGUCACCACGCCCUACUUCGACGCCAAGAAGGCGGCCCUCGCCGGGCAGACUGGCGCCGAGAAGGUGGAGAAGCCAGACGAUGACAAGGAGGCUGCGAAUCACGAAGAGGUCCUGGCCAUCGGCAAGGAGAGGAGCGAGGAGAUGAGGACCCUCGUCUGCAAGACGAUCUUGGGCGUGACCGACGAGGAACUCUAG